AGGCAGCAUACGACUUUACAGAGAGCGAGACUAAUCGUCAUGGACACCCGGACACAGCAGCAAACAGAGAGAGCUCCCCGACCUUCUCCCGGUGGUGGAGGCUUCUCUGCCAUUGUCACUGUUCUGAUCGCUUUCCUCUCCUUCGCUGCUUUGGUGCUUGUGCCUGCGUUUUCAACUGCAAGUGGUAAUUUUUCCAUAUUACAUCAAGUCCCAGAGGGUUAUGUUGGCGUUUACUGGAGGGGAGGUGCCCUUCUGAAAACAAUAACUAAUCCAGGUUUCCAUUUGAAGAUGCCUCUGAUAACUCAGUUUGAGCCUAUUCAAGUGACCCUUCAGACAGAUAAGGUAAAGGAUAUUCCAUGUGGUACGAAAGGUGGUGUUAUGAUCAGCUUUGAGAAGAUAGAGGUUGUUAAUCGUCUUCAAAAGGAUUAUGUGUAUGAGACACUGCUCAAUUAUGGCAUACAAUAUGACAAUACAUGGAUAUAUGAUAAGAUUCAUCAUGAGAUCAAUCAGUUUUGCAGUUCUCAUACCCUUCAGCAAGUUUAUAUAGACAUGUUUGAUCAGAUUGGUGAGAAAAUGAAAGAUGCUCUUCAGGGUGAUUGUACACAAUAUGCUCCAGGUAUUGAAAUUAUUAGUGUUCGUGCCACAAAACCAACAAUUCCACGAAGCAUUAAACGCAAUUUUGAACUGAUGGAAGAAGAACGCACUAAGGUCUUAAUUGCCAUGGAGAAACAAAGGGUAGCUGAGAAGGAGGCUGAAACUGAGAAAAAGAUUGCCUUAACAGAAGCAGAGAAAAAAGCUCAGGUUAGCAGGAUCUUCAUGGAACAGAAACUGAUGGAGAAGGACAGCGUUAAAAUGCAGCAGCAAAUCGAAAAUCAAAUGUAUCUGGAGCGCGAGAAAAUCUUGGCAGAUGCCAACUACUACAGAGUUAUGAAAGAAGCUGAAGCAAACAAGUUGAAGCUUACACCACAGUAUCUCGAGCUGAAGUUUAUUGAUGCUAUAGCCAACAACUCCAAGAUCUUCUUUGGAGACAAGGUACCAAACAUGCUAUUUGAUCAGAGGCUGCUUGGGAAUUUCCUGAACGAUAUUACAAAAAAGAGAAACUUGGAGAUGUAGGCUCUGUCAAUUCUACUAAUAAAGCUUUGAUGAGUUCGGCAGUUGUACAGUGAAGGGCAUGAUGAAGAAAAUAUACUUGUUAAGUAGGGUUACAUGUUGAUGAUUGGUUGAUUUGGUUCAUUGUAAAUUAUAAUGUUAACAUUCCAUAUUCAGAGCUGCGUUUGUGAAGUAUAGCAUUAAAUCUUUUGAAAUCCGAUUUGUUCUAAUCUCUUACUAAGAGUAACUCUACAUAUUGGGGUUUGGAAGUUUGGGACCUCAAGUUCAGUUGGCCCUACCUAAGAGACGAAGCAGGUCACUGUCAUUUACAGGAAAUGCAACCAUAAAACUUACAUUCAGUAAACUAGGGUAUUUGAUAUUGAA